ACACACACAUACACACACGGCACCAGUAGGAGGGUAUUGAGGUUGCACAACGAUCGGUAGACUGACUGGACAAGGAAACAAACAGAGGCUGAGCAAGUCGGCGUUGAUUUUCCUGGUGUGUUUGGCUUGGCACGCACGAAGAAGAACGAGGGCGUGGCAUGCAUGCGUGCGCCCAACGAAGUACUUACGUGGGGCAACAAGGCCAAGCAAAGCCAGCAACGCCGCCAAAAGAUAAGGUCGGUGACAAGGCCGGCUUGCAAGCCGCAACCCGGACCUGGACUACGCAAUCAAAUGGUCCACGUGGUGUGCUUGCGGCGACGACAUGCUUGGCUCUAUACACAUAACCUCGGGCUGACAUCAGCCCAAGUAUCCAAGUCGAGCGAGCCCUUUGCGUUCGGCAUGAAUGAAUGCCCCACGCCGCACCACUCGGCCAAAACCAGACGAGCCUUCUGCAUGUAUGUAUAAUCGUAUAAUACAAGUUCC